CUGAAGACAUGCGAAGAAGAAAGUUAAAGAAUCUGAGGGAAACCAGCUAAUCAAAGGGUUCAACUGGGGAUCACUGUAAGCUCAUCUCCUAGGAGGUUGCGGUCCCUGUGGCCGUCAGCAGCAUCAUGGUUGACAUCGCUGUGAAGAGCGGAGCUGCCUGGACCUGUCACGCUCAGGAACAUCAGCUGGCUCAUGUGCUGCUUCCUGUUCACGUCAGUAACAAAGACGAUUGUGAAGAGGAGCUCAGUCAGCCACAAGGAGACGAGACAAACUGUGGCGGCCCAGUGCUGUUGGAGCAGACGGAGGAAGGGUCUCCUUGUGUUCUGACGCUCAGAUGCAGCCCCUGCUCCCCCACUGCCAUCAGCCGCCUGCUGGUCAUCAGCGAGGCUCGAACUAUGGAGGUGUACGACCAGAUGGGAGAAUACUGCGGUACGAUACGCGGGGAGAAGGAUGACAGCAUCCAGCCAGACAGUUCAGACAGAGGGCCUUUCUACAAGAAACAGCUGAUCCUCGAGCAUCCGUCCUCCGCCUGUGAAGUGAAGCUGCUCUCUCUGGGCGGUCGAAGCAGUGUUUUGGUGUGUCGGGUCAUCGUGGGCCUCCAGACGCUACAGCCCUGUGUGGCCCGCGGCCCCGGCAUCGACAUGCAGCAGGUGCAGUGUCUGGUGGAGGAGAUGGGAACCAGUCUCUCACCGGGUGCCCAGAACCUCAUGGAAAUGGUGCAGUUCCAGCAGAAGAACCAGACCAGCUCUCUUGGUGGCUUCCUGCCUCUCCUGAUGGGUGGAGGAGUUUUCUCUGCCCUGACUCAAGGAGCCAACAUCUCCCCAGCAGCUGUCAGCAACCAGCCACAGCCUGCAGACUCCAGGCCUCCAGUCGGCUCCAUCAGGCCUGCAGAUGAAGCUCCACCGGCUCAGAACGGAGCGAUGACAGGCGGCUCCACCUCCUCCUCCCCAGACCUGCAGGUUUCUGGUGUCAACACUAAGAAUAUAGCGAGCAGUGAGAGCGGCGGUCCAGUGAGCCACGCCCAGCUGGCGGAGAUGAUGUCACACCUCCUGAAGGGGCAGGUGCACGGCCAGGCGGUGAACUCCGGCCCUGAGCUGCUGCCCAUGCUCCAGAAUCUCUGUGGUCAGGUGACCAAGCUCAGACUGGAUGACGCGACUGCGCUGGCAGAGAAGGAGAAGAUGAUGAGAAACGGCUCAUGGUGGGUGAAGGAGUUGGACUCAGCCAUGGAGCGUCGUCUGGAGGAGAUGGAGAGGAGGCUGAUGGAGCAUGUGGACCGUCGUCUGGACGCUCUGGAGCAGAAGCUGGAGAAGGCCCUGUUCAGCGCCCUGCCGCAUGUCGCCCUCAACCACGGAGACAUGAGCAGCUCGGCGGGAGGAGCAGCGUCCACGGGACCGUCGGAGCAGACCGCCACCGACACCAGCCACGCUCUGAGUCCAGAAACGUUAAAAGACUAACAUAACACGUAACCUGGAAGCUUUUCUGCCCUUGAAUCUUCUUAAACUAGACCUCAGUGUCAGAGGGGAGGCGGAGCAGGACGGAGACACUAACAGAGACGCAAAAGAAGAAGAAAAAAGGGCUGAAAUGGAAAAUAUUGAUAAAAUAACUCAAUAAUCGCAAUAAUCUGUUAUAACAAAAAAAAAAACAUGGUUAACUUCAAGUGUCCUGCUGCCAAAGAAACCUCUGUAACGGUUUGUUUGUCUUUUAUCUGUGGGAAAAUAGGAAAUGAAUGCUAUUCUGUUAGACAGCCAUGUCUAAUGUCCUGGAUGUAGGACUGUUAGUUUGACCUGAAAGAAAACAAAAAUCUGUAACUGCAGAUAUCAAAUUUACAACAAAAAAAAGCAUGUCCAGUGGCUGCAAUGCAUUCUAGGAAAGUUUAGUCACAUGAAAAAAAGUACACCGAAAUAAAUCACCAAUGACAGCCCAUCUGAAACAAAGCAGGUUUUUUAAACGAUUAAAAUGAAGUAAUGCAUGUGAUCUUAUCCAGGUUAUUGUUGGCAGGUUUUAACAUAUUAAUAAUAUACAUGAAACACCAGCAGAACACUUAUUUAUUCACAUUAAGAUGUGCAUGUCCUCCCAAGUUUCAUGAACCUCCAGUCAAUAUCCUGACCAACAGUUCUUCUUCUUCACGCUAUCUACUGUAACUGCACUGAUCUCUCUGUUGGUUAAUCAGGCCUUAACUGUUUGUUUCAGUACGGUUUGGUUUGAAUCUAAGAAUUAACUAUAUAUAUAUAUAUAUAUAUAUAUAUAUA